AUGAUCAUCCUGCUUGAGAGAGUACACACUCUGCGGUGGAUUGAUGGCACUCCCAAUAGCUUUUGCCUUAACUCCCUCCUGCUUUACCCGGGCGUCGUCUUCCUGACGACAGAUAACCUUAGGGGCGUGGACAGUAUUUUGCUCGAUGCAGUUGACUUAGUUACCAACUGCGAAGAUGGAUGGGUUCUCAGCGACGAUGACAUGGCAGAGAGCAAGACCCAAAGGCUAUGGAGACAGCAUCUGUCUGACGAGCUCCCUGGCUCGUUUGGGUCUGGGUCUGAUGAUGCUCUACUUCAGGAGUUCUGCCACAUCCUCUCAGACUUCGAAAGCCAAGAUGUUCGUAUGUCCAAAACUUUACGAAUGGCAGCUCGGCUAGCCGAGACACAGGGCGAAGUCGUGGCCGAGAGGCAUGUAUUCCGAAUUAUUCGACAAUCUCUUGCCCUCAGAGAUCACGAGAGCUUUGACGAAAGAAUCCGUCAGCUGGAUCGGGCCACUGCUUCGCAGACACCCUGA